AUGUAAUUGGAUUUAUAUAAAGAGAGACAAUAAUAGAAUGAAAAUUCAUAACAGGUUAAAGCAGCAGAAGCAUUUUAAUCAUUAGUACAAUAUAUGAAUGAAUUAACGGAUAUAGUGAAUAAGAUUAAAUUAAAGAAUGAAGCUGAAUUUGUUAUUGCUUAUCAAAAUCAUAUGAAAAAAAUUAAAGCUGAAUUAAAAGAAUUACGAAAUAAAACAGAAGAACAACAUAGUAUUCAAACUUAAAAUAAAAUAAAUGUUACAAAUAAUGAAAAUGAAUUAGUAAUUAUGAUUAAAUAAUUAGGUUUAUUUUAGAGAAGAAUGUUUAAAAUUAUAUUAAAAGGUUGAAAUGAAAAGUAAAGAAAACUAUGAAUUAAGAUAUAAAUUAACAGAACUUUAAAAAACUAAUGAUUUCUUAGAAUAAUAAAUCAAAUCAUUAAUGAAAAAAGUCAAAUUAUAAGAAAUAGAUAAAGAAAUAUUACCAAUUGUCUAAUUAGAUUAAAUAUUUUGUACAACUACUCCUGUUAAUUAAUAAAGUAUCAAUAUUUAAUUAUAAUUAAGAAUAUAAUAAAAGAAAGUUAACUGAAUAUCAACCCAAAGUUGAAUUGUCAUCAUCAUUAUCUAAGCAUCAUUAAUCCUCUAUUAAAGAAAUGUUUCCUGUUGAUGAAUUAAAUAAAGAAAACUUUAAAUAUAAUGAUAUUGUAGAUAAAUUUACUAAGUAUAUAUAUAUAAUAAUAUUAGAUAUGUGACCAUAAUUGAAUAAAAAUAUUAAAAUUAAAACAAAAUUUUAAAUGAAAGAGUAUAAAAACUUUUAAUAUCAUAAAAUAAGAAAAGCAUAAUUAGAAGUGAUCUAGAAUAUUGUUUCUUAGAAUGUGUUGAUGCUGUAAGAAGAGAAAUUUAGAAAAAAAGACCUCUGGGAAAUUUCUAAUAAUAUCAAUCUUAUUUAGAUACUAUAUAAGAUUUUCAAUAGUUCUAUAAAGAAGAUAAAAUCAAAAUAUUAGAAUUAGUAGUUAGUAAUGAAAAGUUAUUAGUUUUUAUCUACUAGAAAUUAUUUCCAAAUCAUGUUAAUUUAGUAUUAUAGUCUAUAAAAGAAGAUAAAAAUCUUAAGACCUUUUUAGAUGAAAGUUUUAAGCAUUCAGUAACAAUGAAUAAUAACAAUAAUGAAAGUAUUAAUGUCAAUCAUCUUAUGACACAAUAUAAAAUUGAAGCACCUAAAACUACAAGAGAAGUUAGAUCAAUUUCUUUAAAUAAAUAGUUGGAAAUGAGAAAAGGAAAAUUAUUAUUUAAAUAAUAUUGA